UUCGUGCCAGUUCGGGCUGCGUUGGCUGGGAGGGAGAGAGCGUCUCCGGUUUACGAAGCCUGGCUGUCAGCGGUGCAGCAGGAACAGUGUGGCAGUGAACCAGAGAUGAAAAGGCUUUGGCCACCGUCGCCACAUGCGUGGAAGAUCGCCGUACUGGUGGCGUUAGUUGUGACGUCGAAGCUUUUCAUCAUACCUGAGAGAUUCUCAGUAAAACCAGCUCAGACGGUGGACCAGCGGAAUGCUACGACAGACCACCAGAUGGUCCAGACAGACCAACUGGUCUUGAAGGACCGUCUGACAGCACUCAGGUCGGCAUGCAGGGCUACCUCGGAGGCGCGCCGACCCGCCGACACGCUCGACUACCUACUGGAUCAUCGGUUUCUGCGCAGAAAAUUGAUCUACAACGAUACAUACAAACUGAUCUUUUGCGCCAUACCAAAGAUCUCCUCCACGCGCUGGAAACAUCUCCUCGGCACCCUGUCUGGGCAAAUUCCCCCAAACAAGACCCUGGACGAGUUGAAAAUGAUGGAUGUGAAUGUCCAUGGAGGCCGCGUGCACCAUUUUCUGUCCGAGUUGCCCGCCUCCGAGGCACGCCGUCGUCUCGAGACAUACACCUCGGCUGUGUUCGUGCGUCACCCCCUGGAAAGACUGGUAUCGGCAUUCCGGGAGAAGUACAAGGCCGAGAACUGGCGCCGCCCGUUUAUAUUCCGGACCGCCGUGCAGAUACUGGCCCACGAGCAGAAUCGCUCGACGGAGCAGGUGGCGGAAGAGGGACUGCCCCCACAGGUGACCUUUGAACAGUUUGCGCGAUGGGUGGCGGACGCUCCCCCGUUUGAUCCGGACGUUUCUUACCCCCCGGAUGCCCUGAAUAUACACUGGCUACCCAUGCAUCACCAGUGUCACCCCUGUCUGUUGCCCUACUCGCUCUUGGGGAAGUUCGAGACAAUGCAUGAGGAUGCCGAGCUGCUGUUCAAGAUGACGAACAUCACGACAGUGUCGCUGCCAAAAAGGACUAAGCCGUCGAGCACGGCAUCGAUAACAGGUGACUUUGUGAAAUCGCUGACACCAGAGACGUUGAGACGAGUGAUUAAGCACUUCUUGUUGGACUUUGUACUGUUUGGGUAUAGGCCCGAAUCCGUGCUGUCAGGCGACGACGAACUUCGUGAUAGUGUUGCAAAGACGUUCAAAGGUUUGGUCGAUGAGCUGUAAUGAGUCUUGUGAUAUCCCAAUCAAAAUGAUCUUUUAACCAGCGCCCCAAUGGAGUAUGCAUUGUAACGCGCCCUACUGGGGGGGGGGGGGGCUAUUCAUAGCCCCCCCUCCCAAACUCCGAAACUACUGGGCCGAUUGUCAAAAUUCAAACGGCGCCUUAUAGCCCCGGAAAAACUGUCUCGUAAAAACCAAUUUCACUGACUUCGAGG